AGCUCCUAAGUGUUACCUGACCGUCAACUGAAUAACAUUUGAUUGUUUUUUCAUAAAUUUUAGUGAUUAUUGAAGAUAAAAUAAACAAGAUUAAAGUCUUAAUUAGAUUGGUAUCGAAAGACAAGUGCAUAUUUUUAAUUCUUCCUUUUUUUUUAAAUAAGCUUGUGACCGAUUAAUUACGCAACCGAUUGAGUGGUCACAGUAUAGCUUUUAUAAAUCCAACGAAUCACAUUCAAAUUGCAAUAGAAAUCCAUUAUGUUUGCCAUUGGUCUGUGCACUUUAAUUCGUCGUUGGUGAUUUUACAAAUGGUUGCAUUUCACCUAUAGAUAAGCGUCUAUAUUCGUUGACUUUGUUUCUUUUAAUUGUUAAUAAAUCCUAUUCAACGAAUUUUUCAUAUCAUUUGUGCAGUUUAACUAUUUGAUUUCAGAAAUGAAGAUUAGUAGCCACUAAACUGGCGCGAACGGUAAAAAAUAACGCAUAUAAUGAUCCCAUCGCCGAUGAUUGAUAAAAAUAACCUCUCAACUCUUUCAAACGAAAGCAGAGACACUGAGUAAAAAGUAUCCUAGAAAAUGCCCCCGAAAUUCAAAUUUCAGGAAGGUGAAAAAGUACUGUGUUUCCAUGGACCUCUUAUCUAUGAAGCCAAGUGUUUGAAGUCUGAAUUUUCAAAAGAAGAUAAACAAAUUAAAUAUCUGAUACACUACGCUGGCUGGAAUAAAAAUUGGGAUGAAUGGGUACCUGAAGACAGAGUUUUAAAGUUUAAUGAAGUCAAUGUUCAAAAACAACUAGAAGUUCAAAAGGUGCAUGCACAAUCAAGUGCAAGUAAACAAAAUAGAAAAAGUAGUGGAGCAUCAAAAAUUCAAACAAGAAAAAGUGAUACUAAUCGUGAAAAAGAAAAGGAUAGUGACAGUAGGGCAAGUACACCCGUGGCUCUGUUAGAGAGAACUCCAAGUCGUGCUAGCAAGUCUGGCAGUGCAGUCACACCAACGUCAUCAAGUGAUUCACCGCUGGAGGCUCCACGCAAGAAACGAGGGCGACCUGAGCCUUCGGACGAUGUUGUAGAGUAUCAUGUUAAAACUGAUAUAAAAAUCCCAAUACCUGAUGAUUUGAAGUGUUAUUUAAUUGAUGAAUGUGAUGUUAUCACAAAACAAAAAAAAUUACCUUCUUUGCCUAUGAGUACAACAGUUGACAAAAUUAUAGACAAUUAUGUUGAAGCAAUCGAAUCAGGAAAAAUUGAUUUGCAUAUAGAAAGUGCAAUAGAAGUAUCGAAGGGUAUUAAAGAAUAUUUCAACACUUCAAUAAAUGUACAAUUAUUGUAUGCUUGGGAAAAACCUCAAUUUGAAGAAAUGAUUCCAGAGGAUUCUGAUACUCAACCAAGUUCAUUGUAUGGACCUUACCAUUUGCUAAGGUUAUUUGUUAAACUGGCAGAUAUGCUGAAAUAUACAUUAUUCGAUGAAAAAAGCAAGGAGCUUCUAUUAAAACAUUUUCAUCAUUUUCUGAAAUAUUUAUCAGAUAAUAGUUCCACUCUCUUUAAUCUAAAUGAUUACAAGGAUCCUUUACCGGACUAUCGUAAAAAAUUCUCAAAAUGAACAUAAUUUCGAAAAUCUAAGAUUUAUUUUAUUUAGCAACACAAAACAGUCAUGAAAUAUCACAAAAGAUAUACUUUUUAUUCUCAUCAUUUCUUUAUAAAAAAGUGAAUAACAUAUAUAAAUUUACAUUAUCUUUUAUAAUCAAGUUGUAUAUGUAUAAAUUGCUCUGUGUUCUAUGUAUAUAAUUUCAACUGACUGUUGAGAUCACUAUUUACAUUAUAACUGUAAGGUAAAUCAAUUUAACAAAUAUUAAUAUACUGUAUAAUAACCGAUUUUUAUUAUGAAUAAUUAACGGGAAUCGUUGGAUAUACAAUUACAUUUGGACGUUUCAUUGAUUUUGCCUAGUAAUCGAUUUAUUACUUAAAUUAGCAGCUAAUUGAUCACUCAAAUGAGAAUAUAAAUUAAUCUAGGAAAAAGUAUGCUAACUACAUAAUGUCAAGUGUAAAACUACGUAACAAAGCCUUAAGUAUAUGUUGGACGUAACGAGCUUGUGUCCAUAUACAUAGCACGGCGUAAUCGGACGAUAAAGGCGGAGUACUUAUAAAGCAUAAGUAUCGCAAGCCUCCGCAAAUUCGCGUACAGAGCUCAUGCACACACAGACACCUGGUCGAACGGUGGCUUGCGGAGGUUUCU